AUGUUAAAAGUCGGCUCGGAAUUCGAGAAAACCCAAGCCUCGCGGCCAGACUUCCGCCGCGACGCCGAGAUCACAUACACCAAGUCCCCAAACCCCGCAUGGAAAGAAGGCGAUGGCGCGAAUGACAACGGCGAGAGCUUGGAGAAAGACCACGUCGAGAUCGACCCCAAUGAGGAGGGCCGCCCCGUGGCCUCGAACUAUAAGUUCCUGAUUUCAGGAAUGGUCCCACGACCGAUCGCACUCGUCAGUACUCAGUCUGCGGACGGCAAGACUACAAACCUCGCUCCGUUCAGCUACGCACAGGUCAUCAAUCAUGACCCGCCGCUCUUCACGGUUGGCUUUUCUGGUUCGAUGGAGAGAGCGAAGGAUUCAUUGAGGAACCUCAGCGAGACUGGGGAGUGUGUUAUCAACAUUAUCUCGGAACAUUUCAUUGAAGCGGCCAACUCUACUGCUAUCAAUGCCCCUUAUGGUGUCUCCGAGUGGGAGACUUCGGGCCUGCACCAGGCACCUACCUCCGUUGUGAAGCCCGCCCGUGUGAAGGAGUCCAUUCUUUCUAUUGAGGGCAAGCUCGUUGAGUUGAAGGAGUUUGAAAGUCGGGUCACCCCGGGGAAGAAAUCGGGUGUGCUUGCUAUUAUUGAGGGCGUUCGUUUCUGGGUUAGAGAUGAUGCUAUCAACGAGGAAAGGAAUGUCGUCGAUUUGAAGGUUCUCAAGCCUAUCAGUCGCCUAGGUGGUAUCUCGUAUGGUCGAACCACGGAGGCCAUGGAGAUCCCUAGACCGCAGUUUUAG